AUGACAGUACACAGGGUCUUGCCACCAGGACACACUACCAACGUCACCAGAAGCAACGACCAGGAUCCGCACCACUUAUCACGCUUACGGGUAAGUCAAGGGACGAUCUGUAUGAUUGCGGAUGGGAUGACCCGAUGGAUCAUCAAUGUAUCAUGGAAUCCGAUGAUCGAAUAUCCAUGGGGUGAUCCGAUGGAUACCGACAAGCUAUCCCCAGCGGUGAUGGAAGAACAGCACUGUGGGGAUGUAAACCCAUCGGUGGCCGAGGACCCGUAUGAUUGCGGAUGGGACGGCAGAGAGAUUGAACCAAUUGUGACAGGCAGUGACGAUAUGGUUCACCUUGUGUUGUCCGGUAUGCCAGUAGGUAUGCAGGGCAGGCAUGCAGGAAAUGAAAACAAAGUCUUCCAACAUGCGGAACUUUCUAUGCAACAUGCCAUCACACACCUACACAGUAUUUGGCAUGAGGGUGUCAAUUCAUACCUGAACAACAUACUGCCAACCGACGAGGUUGACCGUGACCACACGCCAGCAUUGACACAGACGUCGAAUCGAGAUGGUCUGGGGAAAUACAUGGACGCAGUGAUCAAAGUGACUGAACUAAGUGAGGACAUUGCAACUGUUCACCAUUUCCUUAAUGUACACCGUCGGAUCAUGGAACAACUGGACAACAUGAUUGCAACUUGUGAAAGGAGUGGUAGGGCUACAUAA